ACUGUGGGGAGAAAAAACUCCCUUAGAUGGUAAAGGAAGAAACCUUGAGAGGAACCAGACUCAAAGGGGAACCUCAUCCUCAUAUGGGUGACACUGGAGGGUGUGAUUAUAAAUAUACAGUCUGAUAAAUGUUGUUAACACAUACAGUAGUGUCAUCUCAGUAUGUGUUGUCUCUGAACACAAUCAGGACAUUUGUAUUUAAUCAGUUUGUUUUAAGAGUUUGUGAAAAAACUAUUUUACUUAUCCCUCCGAAUCACCAAAGGAGCCGGCUCAAAGAGUCAACUCAUCACAAAACGACACAUGAUUCUUAAUAUAUAUUUAUUUAGAAAGUAAAAAUAGGUCUCUCUCUAUGUCUCGACUCCAUUUUAGGAAGUGUUCAGACAAGUUAAACAUCUUUAAUGCGGCAGAAACGGUGAUAUUAAUGUCUCAGAACAAGGACUUUACUAACGGAGUGUGAUCCAUUCCAUCAGAAGAGAUCAGACUCUUCAGGACUCAGCUGUGUGUUUGUGUAAACUUUACUAAUAUUUAAAGAUGGAGACUCCUGAUCUGGACACAGAUAAUGUUUCUACACCAUCAAACAACUGUAAACUCCAGGGAAAGAGAUCAGAAUCACCAACACACAGCUGUAUCUCCAUGAAGAGUGAACAGUCUAUGGAUCCUCCUCCUGGGUUUAAAGAUAGAGACACAUCACUUCUACACAGUGAUCUACAGAAGACAGGAAACAGAACAGAAACGAAGAUCACAGAAACAGAAGAAACUGCUGCUGUAAAUGAAUUCCAGAAAAAGUUCAAAUUAAAUUUGAUGAAGAAGUUUCAGUGUUUGAUUGGAGUGAUGAUAAACCUGGGAACCCAAACACUCCUGAAUGAGAUCUACACAGAGCUCUACAUCACAGAGGGAGACAGUGGAGAAGUCAAUAAUGAACAUGAGGUGAGACAGAUCGAGGCAGCAUCCAGGAGAAGAAGAACAGAGGAAACACCAAUCAAAUGCAAUGACAUCUUUAAGCCUUUAUCUGAACAAGACAAACCCAUCAGAACUGUACUGACAAAGGGUGUCGCUGGCAUCGGGAAAACAGUCUCUGUGCAGAAGUUCAUUCUGGACUGGACUGAAGGGAAAGCAAAUCAGGACGUCCACCUCAUAUUUCCACUUCCUUUCAGAGAGCUAAACUUGAUGAAGGACCAGAAACUGAGUCUGAUGGAGCUCCUUCAUGUCAUUUUUAAGGAAACAAAAGAAACAGAAAUGUCCAGUUUGGAAAAGGUUCUGUUCAUUUUUGACGGAUUGGACGAGUGUCGUUUUCCUCUAGAUUUCCAGAACACAGUGAGAGUGUGUGAUGUAACUGAAUCAGCAUCAGUGCCUGUGCUGCUGAUAAACCUGAUCAAAGGGAAUCUGCUUCCCUCUGCUCUCAUCUGGAUCACCUCCAGACCUGCAGCAGCUGAUCAAAUCCCCUCUGAGUGUGUGGAUCGAGUCACAGAGGUACGAGGGUUCAAUGACCCACAGAAGGAGGAGUACUUCAGGAAGAGGAUCAGUGAUCAGAGCCUGGCCAAUAAUAUCAUCACACACCUGAAGUCAUUAAGAAGCCUCUACAUCAUGUGCCACAUCCCAGUCUUCUGCUGGAUUUCAGCCACUGUUCUAGAAAGAAUGUUGGGUGAAGCAGAGAGUGGAGAGAUCCCCAAGACUCUGACUCAAAUGUACACACACUUCCUCAUUAUUCAGACAAACAUCAUAAGAGAAAAAUACCCAAAGAAGCAGGAGAGUGAUGAAGAAAUGCUUCUUAAACUGGGACAACUGGCUUUUCAGCAGCUGAAGAAAGGGAACCUGAUCUUCUAUGAUGGAGACCUGAGAAAGUGUGGUAUUGAUGCGAGAGAAGCAGCAGUGUACUCAGGUGUGUGUACUCAGAUCUUCAGAGAGGAGUUUGGGCUUCACCAGAGUAAAGUGUACUGCUUUGUUCAUCUGAGCAUUCAGGAGCAUCUCGCAGCUCUGUAUGUGUACCUGACCUUCAUGAAGAGGAGGAGAAAUGUUCUUGUACAAUACAAUUUCAAAUGGAUGAAAAAAAAUACAAUCUCAGAUGUACACAAGAGUGCUAUAGAUCAGACUUUAGAAAGUCAGACUGGACAUCUGGAUCUUUUCCUUCGCUUUCUUCUGGGUCUUUCACUGGAGUCCAAUCAGAAACUCUUACGUGUUUUAGUAAGACAGACAGGAAGUAGCUCACAGAGCAUAAAGGAAACAGUUCAGUACAUUAAGGAGAUGAUCAGUAAAAAUCUUCCUACAGAGAAAUCCAUCAAUCUGUUCCACUGUCUGAAUGAACUGGGUGAUAAUUCUCUAGUGGGGAAAAUCCAACACUACCUGAAAUCUGGAAAACAAAGUAAACUCUCUUCUUCACAGCUGUCUGCUCUGGUGUUUGUGUUACUGACAUCAGCACAGGAGCUGGAUGAGUUUGACCUGAGUAAAUAUACCAGUACAUAUAAGAUAACAGAAGAUGUUGUUCUGAAGAUGAUGCCUGUGAUUAUCGCAUCCAGUAAAGCAAUUAUCAGCUGUGAUUCACUUGGAGUAAAAAGUUGGUCAUCUCUGGUCUCAGCACUCAGAUCAGACACCUCUGAUCUGAGAGAACUUCAUCUGACUGUGAAAACACUGGAUCUGUCUAGAAAUAAACUAGGAGACUCAGGAGUGAAGAUUCUCUCUGCUGUACUGGAGAAUCCUCACUGUAAACUGGAGACACUGAAGUUGUGGGAUUGUGUUGUCUCAGAUGAAGGCUGUGCUGCUCUGACUUCAGCUCUGAGAUCAAACCCCUCGCACCUGAGAGAACUGGAUCUGUCCAGUAAUAAUCUAGGAGACUCAGGAGUGAAGAGUCUCUCUGCUGUACUGGAGAAUCCUCACUGUAAACUGGAGACAAUGAGGUUGUGGUAUUGUGGUGUCUCACAUGAAGGCUGUGCUGCUCUGACUUCAGCUCUGAGAUCAAACCCCUCACACCUGAGAUACCUGGAUCUGUCCUAUAAUAAUCUAGGAGACUCAGGACUGAAGAUUCUCUCUGCUGUACUGGAGAAUCCUCACUGUAAACUGGAGACACUGAGGUUGUGUGUGUGUGCUGUCUCAGAUGAAGGCUGUGCUGCUCUGACUUCAGCUCUGAGAUCAAACCCCUCACACCUGAGAGAACUGAAUCUGUCUGAUAAUAAUCUAGGAGACUCAGGAAAGAAGCUGCUCUCUGACCUUAAGGAUGAUAAACAUUACAAACUACAGAUACUGAGGGUCUAAUGAAUAUCUGUGUGUGAUGAAGACUCCAGUGUUCCUGCAUUACCAUGAUGGAGAAUAGAGAACAUGUUUAUUAACACAUCACUCAUUUAGUUCUAACACAUUAAACAGACUCAGAGACGUGAGACAUGUGUGUUCAUCAUGUACAGUGAAUCAGACUAAACACAAUUCUACACUGAGUUUAUAAUGACCUCUGAUCCCUGGAUAAAAUUCCCUGGACUUCAAUCCCAUAAAAACCUGAGGGAUUAUUUGGAACAACAGGUAAAAAUCCACAUGAACUUGAGCUGAACCCAGUCACUGGAAGAGAAAUAAAAUGGACAGGAACAGUUUCAGGACAUUGGUGGAUUUCUCACCUGAUAAGAUUGGAGUUUAUCUGAGGAGUUUAUCUGAUGAAGCCCAUAGGAGACUCACU